CUUUGCGUUCCCUGUGCACCGGAAGUGAUCCCCUGGUUGGCUCGGCUGCUCGGGUUAGAGCGUCGGGUGAGGGAGGGAUAGCAAGCGUUAAGCAAGUGUUGGAGUCCUGUGUUUUGGCUGCGCGUGAUCCUGCGUGGGUCAGGAGGUGUUUCUGAAGAGCCUAAAGAUUAGACUGUGAGGAAAGAAAAUAGAAGCCAUGUUUCGAAGACCUGUAUUACAGGUACUUCGUCAGUUUGUAAGACAUGAGUCCGAAACAGCUACCAGUUUGGUUCUUGAAAGAUCCCUGAAUCGUGUGCAAUUACUUGGGCGAGUGGGUCAGGACCCUGUCUUGAGACAGGUGGAAGGAAAAAAUCCAGUCACAAUAUUUUCUCUAGCAACUAAUGAGAUGUGGCGAUCAGGGGACAGUGAAGUUUACCAAAUGGGUGAUGUCAGUCAAAAGACAACAUGGCACAGAAUAUCAGUAUUCCGGCCAGGCCUCAGAGACGUAGCAUAUCAGUAUGUGAAAAAGGGGUCUCGAAUUUAUUUGGAAGGGAAAAUAGACUAUGGUGAAUACAUGGAUAAAAAUAAUGUGAGGCGACAAGCAACAACUAUCAUAGCUGGGAAGACAAGAAAUAUCCCACCUCUUCUAACAAAAUCUGAAUUAUUAGAAAAGCAGCCAGUGCCUAACUUUUAGCUCCACUUAUGCCAACUAUAAUAUUAUAUUUCUGAGUGACCAGACGAAAGAGAAGGAGUAGAAAGGAUGAUCCUUCUUUGGCCAUCAUUGGGUACAGUCUCAUUUCCAAGUCAUGUAUAAUCUUUAUCGCUCCCAAAGACAAGAAUUAAAAUACUCUUUUACAUAAAA